CACAAAAAGCAACUGCCAUGGAUUUGUGGGAUUCCAUGAAGGUCAAGUAUCAAGGUGAUGCUAGGUCAACAUGCUUAUUUACAGCCAUUUGGAAUGGAUUUUAUAGUCCUAAAGAUGAACGAAGAAGAGACUUUUAAUGAUUUCUUUGGUCGAGUGAUUGAGGUGGCCAAUGAUAUGAGAAAUUGUCGAGACCAGAUGAAUGAUGUGAAGAUUGUAGACAAGGUGUUGAGAAAUCUAACUAAAAACUUCAACUACAUAGUGUGUUCAAUAGAAGAAUCUAAGGAGGUAGAUACACUAUUAGUUUAUGUUAUGCAAAGAUCUUUGUUGGUGCAUGAACAAAAACUCAGUAAAAGACAAACUAAGAAUGGGCAAGCUUCGAAAGCACAUUAUGAUGAUGGAAGAGGCAAAAACAAAGGUAUCUUUCAAGGAAGAAUAGAGGGUCUUGGCGCCAGAUGGAAUAGGGAGAAUGUAGAAUGCUACAAGUGUCACGAAUGGGUAGAUUUCAAAAAUGAGGUUCUUGAGUGGAACAAGCAGGCUCACAAGUCAAUUAUCACUUAUGGUGACAUGAAGGAAGAGGUUUUGUUGAUGGCUUGUAUAGAGUCUACAGAAGAGGAGUUUCAAAUUGUACCAUUGCCAUCUCAAGAUACAAAUGCGUGGACAAAAAGGAAACUUGGUGGUUUGUGAAUUCACAGUGCAACAAUCAUAUGACUGGUAACAAAAAUUGGUUCACUAGUUUUGAAUCUUCCUUUUCUUGUACUGUAAGAUUAGGGAAUGGAACUAGAUUGCAAGUAGAGGGGAAAUGGGUUAUAAGUCUGAAACUUGAACAAAAGUCGGUUUUUUUGUUCAAUAGGUAUUAUAUAUGCUAGGUUUAAAAAACAAAUUUGCUUACUAUUGAGCAUAUGCGGAAUAAGAAAUUAGUCUUCCAUAUUCAUCGUGGAACCUGCAAAAUAUUCCAUGAGGAGUAGGGGCUCCUUUUUUCAUACACAAGAUAGAAGAACAUAAUGUUUUUCUUGUAUUCUGGUCCACCUAAUGGAGUUAUAGAUGAUAAUGAGCAAUGUUUACUACCUGAAAGCUCUGGAGUUUUGUGAUUUGGACCUGAUGUAGGGUCAUAUGAAGCCUAAAAAACAAGCCAAUGUACAUAAACAAGGCUUGGAUUUAUAUUACGGAUCUAUUAAAAUGAUGCUUGAUGAGAGUUGAUUAUGAGCUCAUGUGGGUAGGAUGUAGGAAUGAAGUAUGUGCUUUGAAUGAAGAAGUUGAUGCACUAUAUGAAGUUUGAGUGAUUCCAGACUCGGAUGAAGAAGCCGAAGUAAUAGAUGUAGCUGUAGAGAAACCAAAAAUUGAUAAAGAAGCUGAAGUAGUUGAUGAAGUUGCAAAAAUUCCAGAAUCUAUAAAAUUGGUUGGAUCAACUUACCAGUAACUCAAAUUCAACUUGCUGAUAUAGUAGAAUGGAGAUGGUAUGACCGAUACAUUUACAGUAUUAUGGAUGCAAAAGAUGAUUUAAUCAUUGUACUUGGUGCGCCUCUACUUGAUUUGCGGUCAAGAUCAAAAGCAAGCUAGAAUUUCCAGAGAAUGUUGUAGCUGAUAGUAUCAUGUUUGACUCCUAUUCUCUUUUGGAUAAAGCAAAAAAAUCCUCAAUGUUUGGGGGAAUUAGUAAAUCAAAGAAAAUGGAGGCAGUGCAUGGAGUUUGAGUUGUAGCCCAUAAAGAGGUAUUUUAUCUGGCAGCUCAUUCAUCCUACUUCAGAAGCUGAGAAGUUUGGGGUCAAAUGGUUAUCCAAAUCAGAACUUAAUAAGAGUGUUUCGUGUGC